ACAGCUCGCACUACGGCCCGCUGCUGCCACAGUUACCAACACAUGCAGCAGUAGUGCUAGUGUCCAGGAUAGCGCAUUUUAAAGUCAGGUUGUGUCGGACAAAUCAGAUUAUUGGGAAGGUAAACUGGAUUCUGACGUAAAGGGCUUAAUCCCCCCCGGCGGAGAAGCACCUCAUGUGCAGCUCGCGCACGGUCAGCAGCAGCAGUCGGUGAGUAGGAGAGCGGCUCGUGCCACCUCCAGUUCAUAAACCCUCCUCCUCCCUCCCUUCUUCUCUCUCUCUUACGACCUGAGCAUGACUUCUCAGAUAUUUCACUGCGACUGAACAGGACGUGCGACCGACGGUAACAUGACUUCGUAUCUGCAGAUCGCUGACGAUGAGAAAGGCCACGAGCUGGACCUUUUCUGUGUACCCAGACAUUAUGAGAACGACUUGGAGAAGGUGAUCAUCCCCCAUGGACUCAUCAUGGACAGGACAGAGCGUCUGGCCCGUGAUAUAAUCCAGGACAUGGGGGGACACCACAUCGUAGCUUUGUGUGUGCUAAAAGGAGGCUACAAGUUCUUCGCAGACCUCCUGGACUAUAUUAAAGCACUGAACCAGAACAGUGAUAAAUCAGUCCCCCUGACAGUAGAUUUCAUCAGGGUGAAGAGCUACUGUAAUGACAAGUCCACAAACAGUGUCAAAGUCAUAGGAGGGGAUGAGUUGUCCAGUCUCUCAGGCAAGAAUGUUUUGAUUGUUGAGGAUAUUGUGGAGACAGGAAGGACGAUGCAGACGCUACUUUCCUUGUUGAGUGAAUGCAAUCCCAAAAUGGUCAAAGUUGUAAGCCUUCUGGUGAAGAGGACACCGAGGAGUUCAGGGUACAGACCAGACUACAUUGGUUUUGAGGUGCCAGAUGCCUUUCUGGUUGGCUACGCUUUGGACUACAAUGAGUACUUCAGAGAUCUCAGUCACAUCUGUAUACUGAAUGAUCAGGCCAAGGAGAAGUACAAAGUGUGAGCAGAUGAAGUGCUGCAGAGGCGAUUACUGAAAUCAAUGAAGACUAGGACCACUGUGAUGACCCUCCUUAGCUUUGCUGUGUUUUGAAUCUUAUUUAUUUUUCUACAUACAAAUCCACAAAAUGUGACCUGUGGGUUGUAAAUAACGUAAAGAACAUUUAAUUUCUCCCUUAUUAAAUAUGUGGGAUCAAUUAUGUAUUUUAUGAAUAUUUUGGUUGUUAAAUUUUAUUUAUUCACUAAUGUGUAUAGACAUUACCUGUAAAUUGCAGUUUUAUCUUGGAAAUAGAAAAAUAAGAAUGUCAUGUAUGUGUUCAAAUCACACGUCUCAGGCUAACUACUGCUUUAUGUUCAGUGAGGUGUCAGUCCAAUUUAAGUAGACUUUAAUUUGUGUUUUGACUUAUAAUGCGGAUAUAUCCUCUCAUCCCAUAGGCUAAUAUGACUGACUUGGAAUGUACUGUAACAUUAUGUUUUAUUUAAUAUCACAUGUUUUCAUCGAGGACCUGUUUACAGCAAUAUAAAUCUAGUUGAAACCUU